AUGACCUCCGCUAAGGAAGGGAAGGCGGCCCCCGCGCUGCCGCAGCCGGCCACCGAGGAGCGGCGCCGGAGCCCGUUGGACCAGCUGCCGCCGCCCGCCAACUCCAACAAGCCGCUGACCCCCUUCAGCAUCGAGGACAUCCUCAGCAAGCCCUCCGCGCGCAAAGCCCCCGCCGCCCGCCUGCUGGACAAGGUCGCCGGCUCGGCCGGACCUCCCCGCAACGGCGUGCCCGCUCCCGCUUCUCCGCUCUGCGCCCUCGAGGAGCUGGCCAGCAAGACCUUCAAGGGGCUCGAGGUGAACGUGCUUCAGGCGGCCGAAGGCCGGGACCCGCUGGGCGCUUUCGGGCCGCGGCAGCAGUCGAAGAAGCGUCGGAAGUCGCGCACGGCCUUCACCAACCACCAGAUCUACGAGCUGGAGAAGCGCUUCCUCUACCAGAAGUAUCUGUCGCCCGCCGACCGGGACCACAUCGCGGCGCAGCUGGGCCUCAGCAACGCGCAGGUCAUCACCUGGUUUCAGAACCGCCGGGCCAAGCUGAAGCGGGACUUGGAGGAGAUGAAGGCCGACGUCGAGUCGCUCAAGAAGCUGCCCCCGGCCGCCCUGGAGAAGCUGGCCAGCAUGCCCGAGCUGGAGCCCCAGCCUCAGCCUGCCCGGGCCCGCGGGGGCAGCCUGCCCCGCGCCUCGCCCCCCUCUUCGCCCGGCGCCUCGCUCCGCGCCACGGACCCCUUCUCCGACGGCGAGGACGACGACGACGAGGAGGAGGGCGAGGACGAGGAGAUCGACGUGGGGGACUGAGAGCUUCGCGCGGGGCCAGCCCGCUCCCCCAGCAUCGAACCAAGGGACGGGGGAUUGAACCGUUGGACCCCAUAGCCUACCUCCCUCUCUUUCUCCCGCCUCACUGCCAGCAAAGGGGCUUGAGAGGGCGCCCCAGCCCAAUAACAGAGCCCCCACUUUCGACGUCCUGCACCCCAAUUCCCUGACGCCCCAGGAUUCCAUUCAACCCGCUUUCCCUCCAUCUUUAUCCGCCCGCCCCGUCCAUUCAUCCCUUGCCCCGUCCCCGCCCUGCAUGUCG